UCUAAAUCAGUCAAAUCGACAGAGUUCAGUACUAGAUGCAUGAUUGAAACCAUCCUGGUCAAAUGAACCUUCUACUGCAUAUGAUGGUUUUGGUAUUCGCUAACUGUUCUGCGUUACGGCGAAAGUGGCAAUGUCGCCGAAGGAAGCUCGUCCCCUAAGAUCUAACUCUGCUUCUUUGAUUACUUCCCAGAGUGUCCUCGCAGCCGUAUGGAGCUUUCGUCAAAAUCAAGUUACUGAGUUACUGAGGCCAUAUCAAUCUUUCUGGCUGAUUGAUAGCCCAAGAAGUCUUUCGGUCAAAGUAGAAUCCAUCCCACCAUUCCGAGAGCUAUUGGUAGCAAGAUUUCCCAACAGUGUCUCCAAGUCAAUGGCAAGGGAAAGCAAGAUGGAGCCCCAAUCAUACAGAUGUUAAGUGUAUCUGCGGCUAGGAUAAAUCGCUACCAGCUUG